UUCAAGAUGGCGUCUACGAUUACAUUUUUAACCAGCUAACGUUAGCAAGCUGGGGAGAUAGUCGCAAUUGUCUUAUUUAAAAUAGGCUUUGGCAAGUCAUAGCGAAUCUAACAAAAGAUAAUACCAACAGUCACACCUUUUUCGUUUAAUACCUUUUCACCCCUCGGUUUUCCAACGCAGUUAGCUCUAGUUAGCUUGCUAGCUAAUUUGUUCAGCUACUUUGCCACCCAACUGGGAAUUGUAGCUAGCUAGCUAGCUAAGUUGAGUAACGUUAUUUUAAUGUGGUUGGAAUGUCCAUAAAGUUUUUAUUUUGGAGUUCGAUAUGGCGCUGAGAGAGUUAAAAGUUUGUCUGCUUGGGGAUACUGGGGUUGGAAAGUCUAGCAUUGUGUGGAGAUUUGUGGAAGACAGCUUUGACCCCAACAUUAAUCCAACAAUUGGGGCAUCCUUCAUGACAAAGACAGUACAAUACCAGAAUGAACUCCACAAAUUCCUUAUCUGGGACACAGCUGGACAAGAGAGGUUCCGGGCCUUGGCGCCAAUGUACUACAGAGGCUCUGCGGCAGCCAUUAUCGUUUAUGACAUCACCAAAGAGGAGUCGUUUCAGAUGCUGAAGAACUGGGUGAAAGAACUACGACAACACGGGCCCCCCAACAUAGUGGUGGCGAUCGCGGGCAACAAAUGUGACCUCAGUGAUGCCAGAGAGGUCUCGGAGAAGGACGCUAAGGACUAUGCUGAUUCCAUCCACGCCAUCUUUGUGGAAACCAGUGCCAAGAACGCAAUUAAUAUUAACGAGAUCUUUCUAGAGAUAAGCCAGAGGAUCCCUGUGGUAGAUUCUGGAGGAGGAGCAGCAGGGAAGGGCUUCAAACUGCGCCGACAGCCCUCUGAGACACGUCGCACGUGCUGCUGAUGCUGCCGUAUGCAGCCCCCACUCCCGCCCAUACACCCUAAAACGAAAGAUCUCUUGCUACUCUUCCACUGAGCACUACACUAUAUACAUACAUGCGUACAAAGAACAAGCGCCACACAGUGUACAUUGUCUACGUCAGAAAAUGCCACUGAGAUUUCCGGCCACAACCGCAUCACCUUAAUGCAGGAUAUCCAAUCAGCUUCCACCUCGACCUGGACCCCCCCCCCCC